AUGGGACCCAACGAAUUAUCCCAAUGCUGCAUAACCGGCUCCCUGCACGAAGGUGAAGCUAAAGGCAAUAUCCAAUAUAUCCAGAACACCUCAGUCUACAUUGCCUAUCCCCAAGACAAAUCUACCAAAAAUGCCGUCCUGAUAAUCACAGACGUUAUCGGCCACAAAUUCAUCAAUGCACAGCUAAUCGCCGACCAAUUCGCCGCAAAGGGUUACUUCGUCGUCAUGCCAGACAUGUUCAAUGGAGACUCAGUUCCUCUAAACCGAUCUGAGGGCUUCAAAAUCAUGGACUGGGUGAAGAAUCAUCUACCAGCUCAGACGGAGCCGAUCAUCAACAUUGUUCUCAAAGAGAUGCGGGAGAAUAUGGGGUGCGAACAGAUCGGGGGGGUGGGGUACUGUUUUGGAGGGAAAUAUGUUUGUCGGUACCUGAAGCCUGGUCAGUUGGAUGUUGGGUAUAUUGCUCAUCCGACAAUGCUGGAGAGUGAGGAGUUGAGAGGGAUUCAAGGACCCUUGAGUAUUUCGGCUGCGGUCCGAGAUUUCGUCUUUGUUACGGCUAAACGUCAUGAAUGCGAGGGGAUUUUGGAUCAACUGGAGAUACCCUACCAAAUCAAUCUGUUUUCAGAUGUUGAGCAUGGAUUCACUGUUCGCUGUGAUUUGUCUAAGCCACGACAGAAGUUUGCGAAGGAGCGUGCUUUUGAUCAGGCAGUUGCUUGGUUUGAUCAGUAUCUCAAGGGGGAGAUAGACAAACCUAGAGUAAAUUGGAGUCAGGAGAUGAGCAAAUAG